GACGGAGCGGUUGGCCGUGUGCGAUCGUACUAUUUACCUCAGCUAACGUAUUCCCCGCGCCGCCCACAAACGUGGCCAGAUAAGAAGAUAUUGCCUUUUUCUCGCCGGGUUGGUGCUAAUCUUCGAUUUGAGUGUGCCUGUAAGAUUACUAUAGCCUAACAAUAACAAGUGCAAACGUGUGAGAAAAAUCGAAGAGAAAAAACAAAAAAGGAAUAAAAAAAUUAAGCAAAAUGCAAACGUGUAGAAGAAGAAAAGCCUCCGGCGACACGGCCACGAUCAUGUGGAGUAGAAUGUGCCUGGCCAGUCUCUGCGGAUUACUGCUGCUUGGCAUUCAAAUUGAACACGCGGCGUCUGCCCCUGCAGGCGAGGAUGCAGCGGCCACAACGAUGCCACCUCUGGAUACCACAACAGAUGCCCCAGACGCUGCAACAACCACCGCAACUCCAGCAACACCAGCAACAUUUGCCGUAGAACAAAGCAUCGGCAUCAGCAACAGCAGCAACAGCAACAUAACCAACGAGGCAGCGGAUGGUUCAACGACUUCGACGACUUCCACGACGACAACAACUGAGGCAUCCGACAAAUCGAAUGCGGCCGAAACUGAGUUUACCACAACGCUGCCAGUGCCGGACAGCGUGCCGAAGGAGACUAGCAUGCGAUCGACCAGCAUUGAGCCCAUCACCUCCACGGAGCCCACGACAACACCGCGCCAGGAGACCGAGAGACCCGACCAGCAUCCGGUCUUCCCCAACACGGAACCAGAUCAGAGCCAUAUCCAGCACAUUCCUUUGCGGGACGAGCACGCGGAAAGCAGUGGCAGUGACGAUGCCACCACCGAGAUGCUGCGGGAGCAUCAGCAGCUCGAGCAGGAUCAGCAGCAAAAUGAGCUGAAUCAGAUCUCCAACGAGCAGGACGAUGUGGUCAAGGAUCUCAACAAUUUUCGGCAUCCAGCCACGCUCAUAACGGCCAGCAACAGCAACAGCGAGGAGAACGGCGAAAUCGAAAGUGACAAACGAGUUGAGACAACGACGGCGGCAGCAACAACAUCCACUGCGGCAACAGCAACAGGUACGCCAGCAACAGGUACGCCAUCAACAUCCAACAGUUCGACAGAGACCACAGUCCAGAGUGAGCGCGAAGAAGAUCCCUAUCAUGUGCAUAUACUGUCCGAGAAUCAUGAUCGCCUGGCCGAACACGAAGAUUAUCAAAUGCUGUCGACCAGCACCGAGGAAUCAUCCACUGCAACUUCCACCACCACCACUACCAGCACCACAGAGUCGGGGAUUGUGGCUGGUAUUGUUGUCAGCCAGGAGAACAAGGCAACCGCUGAGCCAUCAACUGAAACCGAGUCGACAUCCACGUCCACAACAACAGCAGCAACUUUGGCUGCAACCACAUCGCGAGCACGCGCCAUGCAUAUGAAUGAGCCAGAAAAUGAAUCGGCCACCACAAUAAUGCCGGACAGCGAGUCGGGGCCAGUGAUUGCCAUUGUCGAAGGACAACACAUGCUGCAGCAGGAGCUGGAGGAGAAGAAGGAAGAAGAGGUGGCCAAGGAGCCGGAAAGCAGCUCCACCACUGAGGCCUCGACCACCACCACCGAGCCAUCGCCAUUCGUGGCCUUUGCCGGCGAGGGGCGGUCGGUGGGUGGCGGCGACGAUGUGGAGCUGUUCCUGCACCACAAUGCCAGUACGCACGAGCAGAUCAUGGAUCUUAGUGAUGUUAGCAUGGACGGGGACCAGAACGAGAGCAGCAACAGCAACAACACCAGCACUAGCACCCCAUCCACAACGACAACUGCCCAGCCAGAAACGGAAAUGCCGAAAAUUGUGGAAAUCACCGCCAGCGGGGACACCAUGCAGCGCGAGUGUUUGGCCGAUAACAAGAGCUACAAGCACGGCGAGGUGAUGGAACGGGAGUGCGACGAGCGGUGCACCUGCAACCGCGGCGACUGGAUGUGCGAGCCGCGGUGCAAGGGCUUGAGUUAUCCGCGCGGCAGCCAGCGCAGCAUGGCCAAUCCCAACUGCCGGGAGAAGACGGUGGAGGAGGACGAGUGCUGUCGGGUGAUGGAAUGCAGUGAGCCGCUGCUGGAGCCCACGGUGGUCGCCGCCGAGGGUGCGGGCCCCUCCACCGAGGGAACUGGAGAAGCUGGUGUGACCCUGCCCACGACCGACGACGAAGCCACACCCAAGCCGCGCAGUGAUUGCCACCAUAUGGGCGGUGUCUACAAGUUCCGGGAGCGUCUGGAGAUCGGUUGCGAGCAGAUUUGCCACUGCGCCGAAGGUGGCGUUAUGGACUGCAGGCCGCGAUGCCCGGAGCGUAACCACACGCGUCUGGACAAGUGCGUGUUUGUGAAGGACCCGAAGGACGUGUGCUGCCAGCUGGAGCUGUGCGACGUCACCCUUGAUGACCAUGAGCAGCAGCCAACGCCGCUGCAGAGCAACACCAACGAGGAUCCCGAGGAUCAAAACCCCUUCGCCUUCCAGGAGCAGGGUCGCGAUGCAGGCAGUGUUAAGCCCACGUGCACAUUCAAGGGCGCCAAGUACGAAGUGGGCCAGCAGUUCCGCGACGGCUGCGAUCAGUUGUGCAUUUGCAACGAGCAGGGCAUCCACUGUGCCAAGCUGGAAUGCCCCUCGAACUUUGGCCUGGAUGUCCAGGAUCCGCACUGCAUCCGUUGGGAACCGGUUCCGGCGGACUUCAAGCCCUCGCCCCCAAAUUGCUGUCCGGAGAGCAUGCGUUGCGUGGAUAACGGCACGUGCAGUUAUCAAGGUGUGCAGAUCGAGAACUGGUCGCCUGUACCCGCUAACCUGACAGGUUGCGAUCAGAAUUGCUAUUGCGAAAACGGCCGUGUGGAGUGCCGGGCCGCUUGUUCGCCGGUACCGGCUCUUCCUCCCGCGGACCUGCCGUGCCAUCCGGCCUUGGCCCGCCUGUUGCCCAUUCCCGAUGAUGAGUGCUGCAAACAGUGGACUUGUGCUCCGCAAGUCCCGAAAAUUGGAGCUGCGGGUCAGGAAGAGGAACAGGAUGCCACGUCAACCCAUUCCUCAAUCCCAGCAAAUGAAACCACAACAACGACAGCGACAGCAACCACAUCGACCAGUACAACUAGCAAGGUACUUCUAACCAAGAAGGAUGAGGAUAAAAAGUCAUCGCCAAGCAGCGCCUUUUAUCCCACCUUGGAUGGCAAGCCACCAAAGGCGAUUGGUGGUCUUGGGAUCUUUGAAAAGCCGGAGAAACACGAAAAGGGGCACAAGAAGGUGCAGCAUCAACAGCAACAACAGCAACAACAACAGCAGCAGGAGCAGCAACACCAGAACGAUGUUAUAUUCGAUGGUGACCGCGCAGAGGACCAGGAAGGUCCCUUGCCGCCGAAUGGCGGAUUUGUGCCCUUUCAAUUUGACCACCAGCAUCCUCAUCAGCCACAUCUCGGGCCCUAUGGUUUCUAUAAUCCAGUGAAGCCAGUCUACGAGGACUUCAAUCCCUAUGACUCGUACGAUAUUAAUCCCAAUGGCACUCCGCAGGGUAAACCACCACCAGUGCCCACUAGUCAGUCAGAUUUGUUCAAUAUAUUGGGUGCUGAUCAACCAGGACAUCAGGGUCAUGCUGGGCACCCCGGACAACCUGGGCCACCAAUUCAUACUGUUCAACAGCAAAAAGACAAUCACAACCUGGUACCGCAAGUGAGAAUUGAACAGAUCCUGCAGCACCUGCAGCAGACUGUCCCAGGUGGACCGCCACCACCGCCCCACCAGCAACAUCCGGCACUGACAGCGCAGCAACAUCCGCAACAGCAGCAGCAACUAACACAACAGCAACAUCCGGGUCACUAUGUGCCCGUUGUGCACAGUGGAGUGCCACCGCCGCCGCCAGGACAUGGCAUUGCUAUUGUGGAUGGGCAGACAGUGGCCUACGAGAGCUACCCGGUGAUUCCGGGACUGGGAGUGCCCCCCCACCAUGCGCAGCAGCAUCAGACGACCCCGCAGCAACACCUGCAGCAGGCAAUCCUGCCCAGCUCGAGCACCACUUCGGGACUCUCCACGCAGGCCAGUGAGCACAGUCUGCAUCACAAUCAGGACAAGUUGGCCAAGCAGCAGCAGUCAGGAGCUAGCAACCUGCAGCCCGACAUUGAAGUUCACACCCUGGAGGCAAUCGAUCCGCGAUCCAUCCGCAUCGUCUUCACCGUUCCUCAGGUCUAUGUGAAUCUCCAUGGACGAGUGGAGCUACGCUAUUCGAACGGACCCAGCAACGAUACAUCCACCUGGGAACAGCAGAUCUUUGCACCACCCGAGGACCUUAUUGCAACAUCCCAGAUGGAGUUCGACCUGCCCAGCUUGGAACCGAACUCACUGUACAAGGUUAAAAUCACACUGAUCCUUCGCGAUCUCAACUCGCAGCCAACAAGCAGUGUGUACACCGUAAAGACACCACCUGAAAGGACCAUCACGCCACCACCUCCGUUCACCGAUUACAGGCCUGACUUCCAGGACAUCUUCAAGAACGUAGAGGAUCCGGAACUGACGGUCAGCGAAACAAAUUCCAGCUGGUUGCAAUUGACGUGGAAGAAACUUGGUGACGACCAGAUGGAGUAUGUCGAUGGGGUCCAACUGCGCUACAAGGAGCUGACGGGCAUGAUCUACUCCUCAUCGCCGCUGAUCCAUCGCACAUUGACUAGCUACACCAUCCAGAACCUCCAGCCGGACACGGGCUAUGAAAUCGGACUAUACUACAUUCCGCUGGCCGGACACGGAGCGGAAAUGCGUGCCGGACACAUGAUCAAGGUGCGAACCGCCCAGAAGGUAGAUGUGUACAGCUUCGAUGUGACUGUUAACGUCACUAAAGUGAAGACUCAGAGUGUGGAGAUCUCAUGGAACGGAGUGCCCUAUCCGGAGGAUAAGUUCGUCCACAUCUAUCGAGCCAUCUACCAGAGCGACGCUGGCAAGGAGGAUUCAAGUGUGUUCAAAGUGGCCAAGCGGGACAGCACCACUGGUACCCUGAUUAUGGAUCUUAAGCCAGGCACCAAGUACCGGCUCUGGCUGGAGAUGUACCUGACCAACGGCAAUACUAAGAAGAGCAAUGUAGUCAACUUCAUCACGAAGCCAGGUGGUCCAGCCACCCCCGGCAAGACUGGCAAACUACUUACCGCGGGCACGGACCAACCCGUGGGCGAUUACUACGGCCCCCUUGUGGUGGUUUCUGUAAUCGCCGCAUUGGCCAUAAUGUCUACUUUGGCCCUGCUGUUGAUCAUCACCAGGAGACGAGUGCACCAAACGGCUUCCAUUACGCCACCACGAAAGAGCGAUGCUGCCUACGAUAAUCCCUCAUACAAGGUGGAAAUCCAGCAGGAGACUAUGAAUCUGUAACUGACACACGAUGCCCGGCAAACAACUAUUUUUAUAACAGAUUCUUGUAUAUAUUGAAUGAAUAAGAUAUGGAAGAAAAACUCAGUGUCAGUAAAAAUGUAUAAGUAACAAUAUUGAAUCAAUCAGAUUAAAUCAGAUGAGAGUAAGCAGUUUUCUUAAGCCGGCGCAAGAUCAAAAAUUUGUUCAAAUCAGAAUGGCCGCCAUGUUGUAUGUAGUGGUUAAGUAAUCUAAAAACACACAUCUUUUGUUAAACAAUUUGUGACUUGUGUAAAUAGAGAGAGAGUGAGACAGCAGGAGACACCCUAUGAAAGAACUAAUUAAAAACAGCUCCACAACUUAAAUUAGCCUCGCUGGGCGCAUCGAUUCUUCUAGCGAUUUCGAAAUGCAUACGAGUUUAGUUAGUUUAACUUGUAAAUUUUAGCUUUACACUUAUCGUAAUUAAAAGGCGCAUCAACAAUGUGAACAACAGCAGAGAAAGCAACAACAGCAAUAUUUGGCUCAGUGAUGUGUUCUUUAAAUAACAGUCCAUAAAUAUUUAAAUUAGCUUGUAAAACCUAAAUGUAUGUGCAUAUGCAUGUGUGUAUCGAUAAAUAAAGAAAAGAUAAUAAAACCUUA